AUGGCGGCGAAACGCCUCCCAGUCGAGAUUUGGUGGGCUAUUGGCGAGGAGAUCGACAGCACCGGGGAUCUCGCGUCGCUGGCCGAGGUCUGCACCCAGCUCCAUCGCAUUGUCAAUCCACAGCUCUACAAGCUAGCGGUCCGGUCCGGCAUUGGCCUCAAGGCCAUGUUCUGGGGUGUCAGCCAUGGCAUGCAAGGGACAGUCAACCACUGUGUUGCCGCCGGCAUCGACCCCAAUAUCAUCUGGCACUCGAAGGAGGACGCCAAACUCAAGAUACAACUCAUCCCUACGGUCGAAGAGUGCGUGAUCUCGGCCCAAUCGUCCAUCACGCUGCAUGAUGAGACGUGGGACCACAGACCCCGUUACUGGUCUCCCAUCCACAUCGCCGCCAUGUUCGACGACUUGCCCAUGGUCAAACUGCUGCUCCAACAUGGAGCUCGCCCGGAAAUCGGGUCUUUUGGGGCCUGCCCAUGUUACCAUCUCCACGAUUAUACUCGGCGAGUACGAUCAUCCUUCAUCUACUUCCCCUGGGCUCGCUUUCCCUCGUGGACGCCCUUCCACGUCGCCAUCUGUACGGGAAGCCUCGAAGUCGGAAAAUAUUUCAUGGAGGAGAAUGAGGAUACCGAGAUGGAGUGCUUCGACUGGUAUCCCUCCAGACCUCGUACAGGAAUGACCCCGUUCCAUGUGGCAGGUCUCACCGGUAAUGACUACCUUCUCAGACUGUUGAUCGAACGCAAGGGCAUACGCGACAUUGAGGCGGCAGACGCCCGCGGAGCUACUCCUCUUGUUUUUGCCUGCUACCACGGAAAUUGGGAGUGUGCUUCCAUCUUUCUUCAACACGGUGCAGACAUUAACAGAAUCUGCACCAGGCAGAUUGAGCAGCAUCCCGGCCAUACCGAGACUUACAGCACCACAAUACUGGCUGAUACCCUCGAAUCUUCCAGAUUUGAGGACUGUCUCCGUCUCCUUGAGCUUGGAUCUGAUCCACGGAUUUCUGAUCGAGCGCGUCAGGGUCGGCUGCCCUUGAUACAUCAGCUUUGUAUGGACUCCUGGGAUCGCGGUUAUUGGGAUUAUAACGGAACCACUACCCGCCAAGUUCGUACAGAAGCCCAGGCAGCCAGUGGCCUGAAGUUGUUGGACCGCUUCAUCAAAGAAGGCCUCGACUUUCGUCAGUCGGCACGGGAACACCUCGACUUCGGAGCCAUCCACAAUACCGCCCUGUGUUUCGCGGCCGCCAGCGCAAAUCUUGCCGCGGUGAAGCGUCUUAUAGAAGCUGGUGCAGACGUCGAUGGCGAUCCACAGCAGGACAUCAUGACCCCCAUGGCCCGCGCGUGCAACGUAUACAACGGCCCCGAGACCGUUGCGAUGGUGACCCUGCUGAUAGACUCGGGCGCUUCGGUAAACCGCGUGAGGGAAGGCACCAAAGCGCCCUUGUGGAUGCUCUGGGACGAUGUGAAUAUAGACGCGGCCCAGAAUGAGCUGAGAAAGACACUGACAGACUUGCUUCUGAAGCAUGGAUCAAACCCCGGACGAGGCACAGAUAUUGACGACAUCGCCUUUACAACUGCCUUGGACGGCCGGCUUCUCCAGAAGGAUUUCGCUGGCUUCGAGGACCUUCGGGCGAGAAGCGCGCCGGGCUCGUUGGACGAUGACGACUUUCUUGGCUUCUGGGACGUCGCUGUUAGGAUGGAGGAUCCGGAAGUUGUUCGAUACGUCCUAGAGUACGACACAGAAGGGGUGAUUGCUCAGAGAUGCCGCACUGCUCUGGCUUUCCUCCUCACCGACCUGCCCCACGAGACUGAUCUUAUAUUAACCCUUCUGGACCGAGGAGCGGACCUCAAUGAGACCUGUGCUAACGACACCCCCUUGUCGUAUGUCAUAAGUCGAACUACAUGGCCCAUCCCUCGGAAGGAACUUCUCUUGAAGACCUUGCUGGACGCGGGAGCGUCUAUUCAUCGCAGGCCAGAACGGCCGCCCGUCCAGGCACCGGGAGAUGAGGUGGAUACUCUGUAUCGCGACGUGACUCCUCUUGACUUGGCUAUACAAGGCUUGGACAGUUGUACAAGACUUUUAGAGAUGAUGCUAGAGAUGCAACCCCUGCGAGACGAUUCAGAGAUAGACGCCUAUCGUUACAUCCGCAAAGCGUGUGAGGUUGGAAACUUUAGAGCACUUUCCGCCAUCAUCAAGUCCUCGGAACAUGCGCACCAGACUAUGUGCGAGAAUGCCUCCGCUCUGGUACACCACCUGCUUGACUGUCUUCUCGACAGCACCACCAUGAGGCAUGUCAAUGCGACGGCGGAUUGCCUGGAACUCCUUCUCGAGAACGGCGUUGAUCUCUCAGGACCCCUUCCCGACGGAGCGUGGGACGACAGGCUGGCUAAGCAGAAGCUCCUUGGCUACAUGUCGCUGGACAACUCUCCACAGUGCAGCGACAAGGACAGGGCUCUGGCUUGGUGUCUGCGCCAGAAGAUCCAUUUCACGGACAAUGACGACACCCCGGUCUUCAAGCCGGAAACCACGGCAUUGUUCUUCCAAUUGCAUACAUCUCUUGACAACCUGGGCAAGAUCCUGGGCAGUGACUCACGACGAUAUCAUAUUGUUUCUACGGGAAGCUAG